GGGAGCAGCACAAACUUUCUCUCGGUGAGAGAGAGAGCGAGAGAGUUUGAGCGCGUGAGCGAGUGUAAGUUUUGAGUGUGUGUAUGUGCGCGCGCGUGUGGUAAAGAGAAAGAGUGGUAGAGAGACGGUGUGUGUAUCAGUGUGUAAGUCGGAGCUGGAUGGUGAUGAUGACGCGGCGCCGCUCUGCCACGUCUCUCCCCGGUCUCGGGUUGUGGUCAGGCCGGCUGCUGUGCGCGCUGCUGGCCGCGGUGUGGAGCUCCGGGGCCCGGGCCGGGCUGUACUCACCCGGGGACCGGGUGCGGGUGGUGGACGCCGACAGCGUCCCGCAGCUCUUCAACACGUCCUCCGCCUUCCUGCUGGAGCUCUACGCCACCUGGUGCGGCCACUGCGCCGCCUUCGCCCCCGUCUUCAGGAGCCUGGCCAGAGACAUCUCCGAGUGGAAGCCGGCGGUGGACCUGGUGGCUAUAGACUGUGCUGAGGAAGAGAACAGGAAGGCCUGCACCAGUUUGGGGGUGACUGGGUACCCCUCUCUAAAGUUCUUCCCAGCGUAUUCCAGUAACGAGUCUGUGGGGGAAAGUCUGAGAGGUUUUCCACGGGAUGUCCAAGGCCUUCGUCGCCUUGUUAUUGACAGACUGGAGUCCCAUAAAGAACCUGGACCACCUGCAUGUCCACCACUGGAACCAGCCAGUGCUGCAGAGGUUGACGGUUUCUAUGAGAGUAAUAAGGAUCAGCACUUGGCGCUGGUGUUUGAGAAAAAUGACUCGUAUGUAGGCAGAGAGGUAACACUGGACCUGUUGCAGUAUGAGAAUAUUGCUGUGCGGCGGGUUUUGAGUUCUGAAAAGGACCUGGUCUCCCGACUCGGAGUCACCGAAUUUCCCUCCUGUUACCUGUACUACACAGACACCAACUACACCAGACUCCCUGUACUCAUGGAGGCUCGAACGUUUUACUCCUACGCCCUCCAGAGGCUGCCGGGUGUAGUGCGGGCAGGAAAACCCCUUCCAUCAGACUCUGACCUGCAGAGGAACUACACAGAGGAACCAUGGAGGUCCUUCAACAGGUCGCGGGUGUAUAUGUCUGAUCUGGAGUCAGCGCUGCAUUACUCUCUGCGAGUGGAGCUUUCUGCUCACACCACCAUCAGUGGAGACGAUCUGACAGCCCUGAAGCAGUACAUCACCGUACUCACCAAGUAUUUUCCAGGCAGGCCUGCCGUUAAAGGUGCUCUGAAGGCUGUGGAGAACUGGCUGCAGGAACAGGAGGGAACUGAAAUCCAGUACAGCGACUUCAGAAAAGCUCUGGACAGCACAGUACUGAGUGGUGAUGCAGUCCUUCCUGCAGGUGUGAGGUGGGUUGGUUGUCAGGGGUCGCAACCUCAAUACCGCGGCUAUCCCUGUGCCGUCUGGACACUCUUCCACGUACUGACCGUACAGGCUAAAGCUUCAGGAAGUACAGAUGGUCUGGAGGUGCUGCGGGCGAUGAGGGCGUACGUGAGCAGUUUUUUCGGGUGUCGGCCGUGUGCCACUCAUUUCGAAAGCAUGGCUCAAGAGAGCCUGAGUGAUGUGACCUCUCCAGCCACCGCCGUGCUGUGGCUGUGGUCCCGACACAACCAGGUCAACAACCGCCUGGCAGGAGAGCCGAGUGAGGACCCCCACUUCCCGAAGAUCCAGUGGCCGACCCCCGAGCUGUGCCCCAGCUGCCACAGCCUAAAGAACGGUGGAGAGCACAGCUGGAGCAAAGACCAGGUGCUGGACUUCCUCUACAACUAUUUCUCCGCUGAGCGCAUCCUGCCCGAUUACCUGCAGGAGGUGAGCGAGGCCGCGGCCCAGCAGAAGGCGCUGCUUACAGCAGCCCAACAGGAGAGAGACGCCACCCGCAGGAGAGCCAGGGAAGUGCAGGAGGUGCCAUCUGCCCUGCCAGCUCAGGAGGAUGAGGAGGAGGUGGAGGAAGAGGAAGAGGAUGAAGCAGCUGUGGCCGCUGAAGAAGAGGAACCAGAGGCUCUGGCUGAAGCAGCUGAGGUUGAAGUUGGAGAACCUCAACAAGUCAUCAAAGAACCAGUGGAUGAAACCCCGUCUCCAGAGCGUCUGUCCUGGGCCAGAGGACGAGUUCCACGUCGUCACGGGAUUGUAAAGAUGAAGCUUCGGCAACCUCAAGAAGACAUAGUGGACCUGGACUCCUUCAUCAACCAGCACUACAAAGCCAAAGCGCUCCGAGCGUUCGCCGUGGUCCGACAGCACCGGCGGGAGGAAGCGGCAGAAGCGGAGGAGCAUCCACCGGACAGCGUGAGGAGAGUCAAGAGGGAGCUCGGUCUCCAGCAGGAGGCGCUGCUCGUGGAACCGUACCCUCCUCCUCAGGGAAAGCGCUGGAUGUCUCUGCUCACUGUGGGCUUUUCCAGGCUGGACGUGAGUCUGUGUGUGCUGUUCUACCUGCUGUCCACCCUGUGCCUCUCCGCCAUGUACCUGUACUUCAGACUGAAGCGACGCCUCCGCAGGGCGAAGGUGGCACUGCCCUAAAGCUCCUUUGCCUUAUUUGCUAUACUGGAAUACAGCAGAUACAGUGAUGUCAUUUGAUUUUUUCUGGUAGGGAUGCUCUGUUUUAAUGUGCAUUCAUGAGUCUAAGUUCCACACAAUUUGUUUUUUUCUCUCUCCGUGUAAACUACACCAAAAACAAGUAAACAAGUUUAUCUAUUAAAAAUCAUAUCAUGUAGCUCGCCAUCGGCUGCCGGAGCCCUGAGAGAGCACAAUAGACAAUUGACUUUGCUCUCUCUGGGUGGUCCAAAGGUUGAUGUAGAUCAGCACAAGACUGCAUCUGUGAGCUGAUGUAUCAGAACCGAGUCGCUGCGCUUUCCUCCGAGAGCACUGUGAUGCUACUCGGUAAUGCUGCAUCAGCAGCAGUUUGAAAAGUAGCGGUGGCUGACUUCACUUGUGUUGGAGGAGGCAUGUGCUAGUCUUCACCAUUCUGGUGUUGGGCCAACACUAAUAAUAGGGGGAGUCCUAAUAAGUAGGUUGGGUAAUUGGUCUUGUGAAUUAAAGAGAAAAUUGGAUAAAAAAAUAAAUAAAUACAUUUUUUUUCUACUACAGAAGGGCACCAGAAGGGUAAAAUAAAUGGCCAACACUUAGCAUGGUACACCAGUCUUGACCAGCAGGUGCAGCAGAUAAAAAAAUGGUUUACCCAUCCAGGCACCUUGCAAAAAAAAAGCAAAAAUUAGGCAAGCUAAACUCUAAGAUGCUGCUUGUUGUAUAUAUAUUUAGCUUCCCUGAAGGAGAAAAAAAUGCCACCCCUUGUGGUCAACUCUGGUACACAACAAGCUACUUCUUACUUCUUACCAUCGAAGGAAGUUGCAGUUUGUAGCCAUGUCGAGCGACAAAGCAACAGAACGUCAAGCUUCAAACAGAUUAGAGAUUUUCUCAACUUUAUUACGCAAUAAAUUAUGACAUGGUAAAGCGACAUUGUACUCCAAUUGGCCGAACAAAUUGUUCAGACCAAUCACAGACGCAGAGGUCCGGAAUCCUCACAUUCUACUCUGUGAACCGUUGAUUUCUACCGUACUUCAUUCAUAUUCGUUUACUAUUCCCAGCAGUGUGAAUGGUUCUGAACAAAACAGAGAGGAUUAUUAGCUGAUUCCUUGAUGGGUAGCUUGCUUGAUUAGCCUCUGUGCUACCCGGUCAUGUCAAGACACGCCCACAUGCAACACCUCACGCAGCACAAAGAUGUGAAAAAAAGCGCACACCCCUUGUGGUCACCCCUGGUACAGUAAGCUACUUAUUAGCAUAUAGCUUCCCUGAUUUUUUUACUAGAUGCCUGGAAGUGUAAGAUGCAAAAUGAAAUGCAGCCCCUGCUGGUUAAGACCAGUGUACCAAGUGUUAGCAAUAUAUUUUUUGUAAUAGUUUACAAUUAACCUUAUUGUGCACCUCAGUAGUCUAGCAGUAGUGAAUAUAUAUUGUUGAAACAAAUAUUGUUUCAACAGUUUUUGGUGUUUUACAUGCAGAAAAGAAAAUGUGAUUUGUGUGGAACUUGGACUCAAGAUACACGUUAAAAAAUUUGAGCUUACCCUUUAGUGCUUCCAUAUCGACUGGAUCCUAGAGUCUUAAAAUCCUAACCCUUAUUAUUUGUACCCUGCUGAAAGAAGAGUAGACCACCCGGGUUAAUGUGGUUGUCUAGCUAUGUUAUCUCUUUACUGCUUUAUUUUGAUGGCUUAGCAGGUCUUCUAACACUAGACCACUUUGACCAGGCUUAUUGACCAGCAUCAAUUUACAACAUUCUGAUAUAAUUAGUCAACCAGAUUAACGGGUUUGAUGACCAGUAUGGUUAAGUUUGUCAUGCUGGUAGACCAGCUGGUCCACCCAACUGGUCAGGCCGGUUAACCAGUUUAACUGGCGUUCUCACCAGUAUAGAGCAUCCUUUUACCGGUGUGAAUAUACUUUGACCAGCUACUUGAUAAAUUUGGCCUUGAGCUGGCUUUUUUGUAGGAUAAAAAUGAUGGAAAUCAUAAUGGACGUCCAAGCCAACCUACUGCUGCUUUAUUAAUCCAGUGGUAAUUCAUAUUGAAAUAAUUUAAAUACUCAACCAAAGACUUUUUCAAUUUUAUUCAACACAUACAGGUCAGGUGUAUAAAUCAUCAUACCGACCAGUUCUAAUCUGAUUUUAGAAAAUAUGUGCUAAUAGUGUAGAGUAGUGUAGACUGUUUAAAUCUUCUUUUUUUUUUUAUCUUUUGGUCGAUUAAAGCUUGAACACACUGAAGUGCCUCUGGGUCUGAAGAUGCUCUUAACCACUUCUGUUAUAAUUCUUUUUCUCUUUUUUUUUAAUGGGAAGCUAUUCAAAUGAAAUUUGAAUUUGCAGCUUAAAUUUCAACACCUGAAAACAAACACUAUGAAAAUCAACAUACCCUCUCUCUCUCUCUCUCUCUCUCUCUCCCUUUCUCUCUCCCUCUCUCUCUCCCUCUCUCUCCCUCUCUCUCUCUCUCUCUCUCUCUCAUAUGCUGUUAAAGUGGAACAUCCCUCUGGGAGGGAGGGAGGGGAGGGAGGGAGAGGAGGGGUUGUUAGCUUUGAGUCUGAUCAAUGAAUCUGGAGCUGAUCAGAGUUAUUGACGGAUGUUAAUGCAGUAAAUAGUUGAACGGCUCUUUAGAGGAAAUGCUUUCGCUUCGUCAAUGAUCUUUUUAAUUUAUUUGAUUGAUUGACAGGUUUAUUAUUUGUGUCCAUCCCUCCUGACGGGUUCAGUCUGAGAGCGGAGCUGCAGUGCAGUCAGCCUCAGUACAGCAUCACUUACAGCACUGCUCACAAGUUUGGAAUCACUUCUUCUAAUAUUUAAUAUAUGAUAUAAUUAUAUUUUAUUGGCAUAUUUGUGUUAUUAUAUAAUGUAGUUCUUAUUAUGUUUUAAAAUUGGUUUUAUUUUCAUUUUAUUAUGGAUAGGAUUAGAAUUGAGAAAUGAUUAGAUUGUGUUGUCAUUCCUCCGUUCCUUGUAUUAAUUGUUAUUGAUUCAUUCCACAUUACAAAUAGUAAAGGCUCAUUUUUUAGAUAUUUAGAAUGAUUAUGAAUAUUAGAAAUUAAUUCUGGAUGUUAAUUAUUUAAAUCUAAUUUUGGUAUAAUGUUUAUUACCGGUAGAUAAUAAUAGAUCAUACAUUAAUAGGAGGGUGAUUGCAGUCAUUUGGUCAGUGCUGUAGAGUCUGAUCUCUGGAGUGUGUGUUCACUCUGUGUGUAUUGUGUGUGUGGUGUGUUGUGUUGGAUCAGAUUCAGCACGCUGGACAGCGGAUGGAUCCAGUCUGAAGAAAAAUUUAAAGAACCUUUUCUUUUUAAAGUUCUCAUUAAUCACAGAUGUCCUGGUUUGCUGCUUUUUAUUGUUUUUGUUUGUUUAAUCACAAAUUACUGUCUUUCCAAUUGAGCUGCUUUAAUAAAAUUAUUUUUGUUAAGGA